AUAAACGCCAAACAAAGCCUCUCUGUUUCCAAAACCUUGAUUUUCCCUUAUCGCUCUCUGACUGAACUUCUUCUUCUUCUUUUUCUUUGUGACCCUCCAUUUUCCAUUACCAGUGAAACCGCUCGAACAAUGAUUCCUUGUUCGAAAUAUCUUAUGGGUUUCUUUCUCAUCUUCUUCUUGUUCUUCGCUUCUGCACUUGCAAACUCCUCGUUUUCAGCCUCUAAUGGCACAACAGUCUACGAAGUCCUAACCCAACAUGGCCUCCCGAGUGGCCUCUUACCCGACUCCGUAAAAAAUUUCUCUAUCUCUGACGAUGGGAGCUUCGUUGUGGAAUUGGAAAAGCCCUGUUACGUUCAGUUCGAGUACUUGGUCUAUUACGAUCAGAAGAUCACUGGUACGAUCAACAUCGGGUCGAUCACGAAUCUUGAUGGGAUUGAGGUGAAGCGCUUCUUUUUGUGGCUUGAUGUCGAUGAGAUCAGGGUGGAUUUGCCGCCGAACGAUUACAUAUAUUUUCAGGUGGGGAUCAUCAACAAGAAGCUUGAUGCUAAGCAGUUCCAGACUGUUCAUGCUUGCAAGGAUGGUCUCUCUCGCCAAGGUUCUUGGAAGGAUAUUCUGAAGAAGGUUGCAACUCCCAUAAAUGAAGUCCCAAUGCUUCUAACGGAGUAAGGAAAGGCCAAAUCAACUGUUUUAGAAGUAUAUUGUGGUAGUUGUUCAGUGAUGUGCUGGACUUUGUUGUAAGAGUCUUUACCCUAAAAGCCACCACAAGGAGGUGGACCAGUAUAUGGUUAUACGAGGGUAUGUAUGUUGUACAAUGAACUGUUUUAGUAGUAUAUCGUGCUAGAAGGUGCUCGGUGAUGUGCUGGACUUUGUUGUAAGAGUCCUUACCCUAAAAGCCACCAGAAGCAGGUGGACCAUUUUAUGCUUUAUAUGAGGGUAUGUAAGUUGUACAAUCCGAGUCCUCGUAAUGUUUUUAGUCGGCCUUUGUUUCUUUGUUUUGGGACCUUACGUUAUGAAAAUUACCAGCAGCACAGAUAGUGAAGAAGUUUAUACUUA